UCACACUAGUAAACCUUAUCAAGAAAGGCUACUAAAUAUGGCAGAAGCCCGAAGAGAAAUUGUGACUGCACUUAAGUUUCAUAGAGCUUCCAUGAAGCAACAAGAGUUAGCAACAACCUACAAUCUUGACACUCAAUCACCACAAGAAAAGAAGCAAACGAAAACGAGGAAAAUUCAGACACUUUAUCAAUCCAGUAAUACAGUCGCCGCCACCACCACCACCGACACGAACUUGUAUUCAAGUUUAUCUUGUCCUCCUCCUUAUUGGCCUAUUUCAACACUUGCUCCACCUCCACCACCUUUUUCUUCUUAUCAUGAAAAUCAAGAUUUCAUACUUCCUACUCAAACAUUGGGACUAAAUCUAAACUUUCAGAAUUUUGACAAUUUAGACCAUCCUAAUAUUUAUCACAAGCCAUUGUCAGUAUACUCAACGUCAUCAUCAUCAACUUCUUCUUCAACUCCAUCAUCUUCAUCUUCAGCUCUUUAUACUCCAGUUGAAAAACCGAAUAAUUCUUCUUCAAGUAGUGGCUUACAUCAUCAUGCCAUUAUGGAUGAUGAAGAAAUGGAAGAGAUAAGAUCAUUAGGAGAACACCAUCAAAUUGAAUGGAAUGAUACUAUAAAUUUAGUGGCAUCAGCAAGAUGGUGUAGUUUCUUGAAAAGCAUAGAAAUUGAAGCAGAAGAAGGUGAUGAGUAUGAUUUGUUGCAUCAAUUUGAUCAAAAUAUGGAAUUUCCACCAUGGUUGAAUGAUAGUUCAUGUAUGCAACACUUAGAUGACCAUUUCUCUGAUGCAUACUUGCAAGAUUCUGCUUUGCCUUGUUUGGACUUAGGUGAAAUUGAAGCAAUGGAUGGAGAGUGGCUAGCCUCAGAAGAAGAUUGAUUGUUUUUUGAGUAAUCAAUCUAUGGCUGAUCUUUUUAGCAUUAUUUCUAUUUUUUUUAGAAGCAUUUUGUUCAACAUUUAUUUAUAUUGCUAAAUAAAAUAAUGAUUCAAGUAA